AUGGUCGAUCAGACCCAGAUUUCGUUCACGAUGGAAAUAAACCUGCCGUCCUCGAUACUGUUCUCCUCAGCAACCAUCAUCACCGUAAACAGCACUCGACAGAUCAUUCGAAAUGGCUACAUUCACAUCGUUGGAUCGCGCAUUUUCUCCGUGGGCAAAGACUCCCCUAUGUAUCCUUUGCCAUCCAACACACAAUAUCACAGCUGUUGUGGUAAAAUCAUCAUCCCGGGUCUCAUCAACGCUCACGCUCACCUCGUCCAGUCAUUGCUGAGAGGAUUAGCUGAGGAUUUACCUUUGCAUAACUGGCUCUGUGAUGCUGUUUGGCCCCUGGAGGCUGUUUAUGCUGAGAACGACGGAUAUAAUGCAACAAGGCUGACAACUUUGGAAAUGCUCAAGACAGGCACAACAUGUUUUCUCGAUCCAAUGUUGACACACAGGGCUGGGUUUGCCAAUGUGUGUAAGGCAGUGGGAGAAAUGGGGAUUCGAGGAUGUUUGGGAAAAUUGGUAAAAUUUACAGAGACCAAUCGUCAACUAUCGAUAACAGAUCCCCGGGAUAAAGAUCUGUUAGAUAUGUCCAUGGAUUCACUAUUUCAGGCUCACCGAGCUCACAACGGACAGCACAAUGGCCGUAUACAUGUAUGGGCUGCUGCUGGCACCCCUCGUGGCGUCCCCAUAUCUGCUUACCAGGAGCUAGGAGAAGAGUGUUCUUCUCGUGCUGUUUCCAUCACUAUGCACUGCGCUGAAGCCCCGAAAGAUUUGGAUAUAUACCGCAACACAUACGGCUGUACACCAAUGGAAUUUAUUGAAAAAGCGAAAAUGACCCCCGUGAAGGGCGCUACGAGCUCUCACAAACUCGUUCUGGCACAUAUGGUGAAUUUGGACUUAGUUAAAGACAUUCACCUUCUCUCAGCGACAGGAACUUCGGUAGCACAUAAUCCAACGUCAAAUCUCAAAUUGGCCUCCGGCAUCGCUCCUGUGCCGGCCAUGUUAUCUGCCAGUCCCCUUCCAGUAAACAUAGCUCUGGGAACUGACGGCGCACCCUGUGCGAAUCACUAUGAUAUGUUCCAAGAAAUGCAUCUUGCAGCCAUUCUCCACAAAGGAUAUAACCAUGAUGCGGCAGUUGUACCCGCAGAAACAGCCCUCGAGAUGGGGACCAUCAAUGGCGCGAAGGCAUUGGGACUAGAAAACGAGAUCGGGAGCCUUGAAACAGGCAAGAACGCCGACCUUGUAGUUCUGGACCCUUACGGAAGGGGAAAUAUAGGAAUUUCUCCGUGGGAUUGGGAUGACGAAGCCGGAGUUUCUCCAGCCACCACGGUUGUUCACGGUUGCACAGGGCGGGAUGUACACAUCACCAUGGUUGACGGUCAGAUCUUGAUCCAGGAUGGUGUUCUGGUCGCUGGAGGGAUAGGACAAGAAGCGGAGAUUGUGAACAAGGCCAAACUCGCCGUCAAAGAGAUCCUGCAGCGCUGCAACGAGAAUCGUAGCGAAAAGGUCGGUGGCAAGCUCCACUCUGGAUGGACUUAUGUGUAG